AUGCUUUCAUUGGAAUCGGAAGAAGAUGAUGAUUUAGAUGGAUACGCUUUGGAAAGUACACUGGACAAACGAGCCGGCCCCCGGAAUCCAUUCGCCUCAAUUGCCUAUCGAAAGACAUGGGAAAAAAAGUGGAAUCCAACGUCAUACAUGUCGUACAACCGAUGGGGCGGCAGUGAACCCUUCGGCUCUCGCUACGGGUCUACAAAUUUUGGUGCUAAACGAGCGGUGAACUCGUUGCGACAAACGCUCGGCUACGUUCCCCGGAAUCCCUACAGUUCCAGUUGGCAAUAUUUGAAAGAAGAGAAGCGAGCCGCCGUCAUCAGAAAUCCCUAUUCAUGGCAACGAAAAGGGAAACAU